UGUCGAGGUUUCCACCUUUUACACUGUCACCUGCUACACUGCACCUGACCUAUGGCAUCGGGUUGCUGAAAACGGGUGUAGAAGGUUGUCUAGGGUUGUUGAAAAACCGGUGUAUUUCCGUCAACUUAUUCGAAUAAAGAUCAACAAGAGUGAGUUUUCCAUUUCUUCACAAACUCUGAGUAAUGCUUCCCGUGAAGUUGUUCUGCCAAAGCUGUAAAACCUCCAGCGCCGGUAGCUCUCCGACAAAUUUUGGAAUCGCACCGUGGAGCUUGUUCCAGAAGAGGUUCAGCAGAGUUAGAUUCUUGAGCUCCGCUCGCCGGAACCUCUUCAUUGCUGCAAAGCUCAUCUCUCUCUACGACUCUCUCCAAAACGACCACGUUUCGUGUUCCACUCUCUUCCCUCCAAAGACACCUUCGUCUACAACUCCUUCCUCAAAUCCCUUUUCUCUCGUUCCCUCUAGAAACCUUGUGUUGCUGCGGCCACAAUUUCAAAGCUUGUUUGUCAGUUUUCCUGUUUGGCUUAAGUAUGUUCCAAGGAUAAGCUUUAGAACAGACAAUGGACCUUUGAAGGUCUUUCAUUUUUUAUUUUUUAUUUCUUUCGAAAAAUGAUUUAUGAUAAGACUAUUGGGUGCUUUGAACUUUACUGAUGAGAGACAUAAACUGUGUUGCAGAGGGCGAUGCAAGGAUUCACUGAGAAGAUCUUGGGAAUGAUAAAGAGUGAGCAGCUAUUUGAGUCUCACGGUGGCCCCAUUAUACUCUCUCAGAUUGAGAAUGAGUACGGGGCACAGAACAAGUUGCAAGGGGCUGCUAGUCAAAACUAUGUGAAUUGGGCAGCCAAAAGGGCUGUGGAGAUGGGAACUGGAGUUCCUUGGGUGAUGUGCAAGGAAGAUGGGAAUUGGAGAGGAUGGAGUAAGAGAAAAAACCACCCAUAUAUUUCUAAAAAGGGAAAUUAUCAAAUAAUUUCCAAAAUGAUUGGAGUUCUUUCACCACCCUCUUCACCCCAACCUUUGGCUUUUUGCCUAUAG